AUGGGAGACGUGUCCUGGGCUCUGCCUGCGAACAGCCGCAACCCAGCGAAUAGUAAGAGCAGCACGGGUGGUAACCCGAUCGUCAACGCGACGCUGACUGUUACAGUGACAGCGUCCGCGGCGGUCGCGCAGCCGUGUCGGCUCUGCGGGGGAUUCCAGCAGUUACCCUGCCAGGUGUUACAGGCAGCCGUUCGCCUGACUGCCGUGCUCGUGCCAGUCACGCUGAAACAGCCGCAGCCAGGCCAGCCGCUGCAGGAUCCGGCUCCGUCUGGCGCCGCCACAGCCGUUGUGCCAGUAGCGCCUGUAGCGCCUGCAGCGGCGGUAGCAGCUGCAGCGUCCGUGCCGGCGGUGGUGGUGUCGUUUGUGCGCGGGCCAAGGGGAGUGGCGAAGGUGGGGCGCGCGCGCUUCUCGUGGAAGGCGCUGGAGUCGACAGGCGUGCACUCGCCCGCGCGCUGUGACGCCUGCACCUUCCUCUGCAAGUUGGAUGCCCUCCCCAGCUUCCCAUGCCCCCGAGGGUGGUUCACAGCGCGUGGCCUCACAGACGGUCCCCACCGCUUCACAGUCACGGCGCUCAAGGGCGCGCCAGGGGUCACUGGCACCCGCCUGCAGGCCGCUGCUGCUGCUGUUGGGAUGGGCGGAGAGGGGGGAGGAGGGGCAGGGGCGAAGGUGGAGGCUCAAGCACAGGCCACAUAUGCAUGGACCGUUGACGCGGCCAGUCCAGUGCCAACGCUCACGGUGGAUCCGCCACAAGCAAGGGAGGGCUCGGUGCAAAUCAGCAUUGCCUUUGACAAGCCGUGCCCGGGCCUGCAGUGCAACGCCACUGCCUGCGACAUCGAGGCGUCACCGCAGGGCAUAGUGGCCAUCGACCCCUCCUCGCCGGGCAGCUGUGCUGACUCCAAUGGGAGGGCAUGGAUGGCGGGGUUUGACUCUUACGCCGUCAUUAGGAUAGACCGCGCCCCUCUGGAAGCCACGCUCUCGUGCGACACGCCCUUGGCAGUGGUCAAGUUCUUCACUCAGCUCAGAGCCACGCCACGCGUCUCCCAGUCGCCCGUGACGUGCCGGGUGCUCUUCUCCAAGCCCGUCUCUGCCUUCUCCUCCGCGUCCCUCGCUGUUGUCAACGCCACCACCAGCGACCCCCAAGCUGUGAACGACCUGGAGUACCAGUUCCAGGUGUGGCCGACAGGCGAAGGCUCAGUGGUGGUGGACAUACGGCAUGAUAAUGUCACCGAUGCUGCCGGCAACACCUGCCAGCCCACGCAACCAUUCUUCUUCUUCUUUGACACCACGCCACCCACGGUGCAGCUGAGCGUGAGUGAGACCAGCGCGACCACGGACUGGGUCUACCCCAUCCUCGUGGCCUUCUCAGAGCCUGUGCUGGGCUUUAACAGCUCCUCAAUUCAGCUGUCGAACGGAGUCAUUACUUGCUGGACGGGAGUGGACAGGGGUUUGGGGCGGUACUACGAGGUGACAGUGGCGGCAGUGAGCGAUGGCGAUGUGACUGUAUCGGUGCCAGGAGCAACGGUGGUGGACAUUGCAGGCAACUUCAACUCGCCCUCCAACACCCUCUCCCUCACUCACUACGCCCCGGGAGAUGCGGGCAGCAUAGCAGCGUGGGUGGUGACGGCAGUGGUGGGGUGGACAGCCCUCUCGACAGCAGCCGUCUCCCUCGCAGUCACCAUCAAAGAAUCAGACCCCACCUCCUCCCCGGGCAUUCGCAUUGUGUCAAACCGGCCCUUCCGUGCCGUCAGCACGCCAGUGGUUGGGGCUGACCCUUCCAGGAAUAUAUUGCGCAUGGCCCUGCACAUGCAAGUGUUCGCCCUGACUCAGAACCUGGCGGUGCGGGUGCUGCCUCUCUUCUACCGCCAGCUCACAGGGGGGCUGCGCUGGACCUACUUCUACAUCCCCGCGCCCUUCAAAGGCUCCUUUGAUGGCUGGAAGGGCGUGUACUCCUCUCCCACUGAGGCACCCGGGCAAGACAACAGCACUGCUCCACCGUCGUGUGCCCCGCACUACCUGGCCACCAAGACAGACAGCGCUGCCGCCUCCUCCGCCAACCCCUCUGACUCGACACAAUCCAAGCUCUCUUUCUGGCCCUUUCUCUCCUCAUCCCCUUCCCCUCUCCCUCUCCCCUUUCCCCCUCCCUCUCCCCUUUCCCCCUCCCCUCCCCUCCCCCCUCCCCCCUCCCUCUCCCCUUCUCCCCUCCCUCUCCCCUUCCCCCCUCCCUCUCCCCUUCCCCCCUCCUACUCCCCCCCCUCAUUCCCCUUCCCUCCCUUUCUGGUUCGCCCUCUCCCUUCCUCUUCUCCCCCACAUGGCUCAAAUUACUUCUCUCCAUCUCUCUCCCCUCUCUCCCCCCUCUUCCCCCCUCCCCCUCCCUCCAGCUUUGAGCACAUGGAGCCGGGCGGAACUGCGGCAGGGCUGGCCACGGGGGUGAUAGUGCUGUGCCUCUGGCCCGUGCUGUUCCUGAUAUUCUCCUUCUCGGUCGUCUGGUACAUUGUUGUCCAGGAGCAAUUCGCACGUUUCUUCGUGCGCGAGAUGACGGAGCCGCGCAACAACGGGUGCAUCGCCUCCUUCGCCCGCGCCUUCUGGGCCGCGCUCAGGCAGAAGCGACUCAAGGGGCACUGGGUCACCAUCACGCCGUCCCAAAAGCACAUACUGCCAAGAUUCGGCAUAUUUUUCGAAGACUUCACAGUGUGGGGCUCUGUGGGCGCCUGGGGGGUGCUCAAGGACCGACUGAGGGCUGCUUAUGGCACUCUGGACUUUCUAAAAAUGGUAAGGGUUGCUGCUUAUGGCACUCUGGACUUUCUAAAAAUGGUGAGUGCUGCUGCGUAUGGCAUUCGGGGCCUUUCUAAGAAUGGUGCUGGUGGGGGCGCUGGUGGGGGCAUGGAGCCCGACAGGCAAUGCCGUGGCACAGCAAGCAUGCCUGCUCGCCCUCGCACUGCUGCACCUGCUCUUCCUGCUCUUCCUCCAGCUAGUCCUGCAGGUGGUGCAGGCAGUGAGAUGAAGAGCAGCGAAUGUGCUGUGGUCUCACAGUAUGCAAACCUCUUUGGACUCAAAUCCCUGUCUCCCCACCCUCCCUGUGUUGUUCCCCAACAGCCUUUCACGGAGCGAGGCCUACAGGUGGUAGAAGCAGUGAGCUCAGGAGCAGAGGUGGUGCUGUUCGCAUGUGCGCUGGCCAUGGCCAUCGAUUGGGACAUGUCGUCCAACUUUGCCGGCACUCUCGGGCUCGUCAUGGUGAUCGCUGUCGGGCUGGCUUUCAUAGGCCAAUUAUUCAACCACUGGGUGGCGCUAGGCCAGCAGAUCAACCGCAUGCUCAACCCGCCUGACGACGAGAGGAGCCCGUCGCACCGAUCCGAUGGUGACGAUUUCUCGGAUAACGACGACGAUGACCUGGACGACGACGAUGAUGACGAGGAUUUCGAUGACGAGGACGACGGGAACGGUGACGAGGAUGAGGACGAUGAUGACGACGAUGACUACGAUGAUGAUGAGGAUGAUGACGAGGGGGAUACAAGCUUGGAUGAAGCGGAAAGGAAUCGGCAGCAGCAGCAACAUCAGCAGCAACAUCAAUAG